AUGGCGUGGCAGCUGGCGCCGGGGACAAAGUUGCCUAAUUACCAGUGCGACAAUAGCGACAGGAGCAAAAUUAGGUCCUUGUACCAGCGCAUCCGCUCUGAGGUCGGGGAUAUGACGGUCUUGGUGCUGGGCCGCGGUCUCGCCGUCAUGGAGGGGACGUAUGCGGACGUGGAGCUGACGAUCAACACGAUCCUGCUGGCGCCAUUCUUGCUGAUUAAGGAGUUCAAUCCGCACAUAGUCAAGUCGAAUCACGGUCACAUUGUGAAUGUGAGCUCGAUGAGAUUCGUUAUGCUGCCUACCCAUAUUGCUGAUGAUAAUGCGGCGACCAAGGCCGAUCUGGCAGCUCUCCACGAACUAUAA